ACGGCACGCGCUCGCGUCGCCUCCGACAACGAACGUACGUGCGCCGCGACGUAAACAUUAACCUGUGAAGUGACACAUAAAUUAUGUCUGUAUAAUACAAUAUUGACUCAAACUCAGUGACCGUUUCCAGUUACCGUUUUUAUCAAAUCGUUAUAGACAAAUGUGUGUAGAAAAUGUUUCAAUUGCUGACUCUUUUGUUAGUGACUUUGGGUGUUAAUGCGGCUUAUGCUCCGAGAGGUGUGGAUAACUGCAGUCGCCUGUCCAAAGGUGACGAGAGCACACUGUGCCGGGUGCGGACGUUAGAUGCCGAUGGAUCUAGUUUGGCAUCUGCAUCUUCCGAGAACACCAAGCGUCUUUCAGUAGAAUGCAACCAGCUGCUUCUGUUCGAAAGUUAUCUGGAAGCAAACUAUUUCCAAAGAUUUUCAACGCUUGCUGAACUAUCACUUGAGAACUGCAAACUUUUGAGGAUACCCGGCAACGCGUUCGAAGGCUUACGCGAACUGAAAAAGUUGUCGGUGCGAUCUAAAAACUACGAUUGGAGCCCGAAUAAAAACUUGGAACUCUCACUCGGAACUUUCAACGGUUUGCGGGAACUGCAAACACUCGAUCUGGGUGAAAAUAAUUUGAAGGCGAUACCGCAAGAUGUCUUCUGCCCGUUGGACAAUUUACAAGUGUUAAAUGUUACUCAUAAUAAGAUCAAAAGUGUCGACCGACUCGGCUUUGGGAAAAGCUGUGGGUCUGGUCUGCGAAGCCUAGAUUUAAGCCACAAUGAACUCAAGACGCUCUCCGAGGAAUCGGAAAUUACAGGAUUAAAACGUCUCCAGGAAUUAAGACUCCAACACAAUAAUAUCACUGAUAUUUCAGGUGAAACAUUCAAUGGGCUUAUUUCGCUCCGAAUACUCAAUAUUUCUUAUAAUAACCUACAGUUUAUACCAGAAGGUACGUUUGCGAGCACGAAGGAGUUGCGAGAGGUAUAUUUGAAUAAUAACUUGUUAUUUGAACUAGCCAGAGGCGUGUUCCACCGAUUAGAACAGUUGCUUGUCUUAGAUUUAUCGAAUAAUCAGCUCUCGAGCGCUCACAUAGACGGUGGUACAUUUAUUGGCCUUAUACGCUUAGUCAUUCUGAAUUUAUCUAAUAACGCGUUGACGAGGAUAGAUGGCAAGACAUUCAAGGACUUGUUCUUCCUUCAAAUAUUAGAUCUAAGAAAUAAUUCUAUAGGUUACAUUGAAGAGAAUACUUUCCUUCCAUUGUAUAAUUUGCAUACAUUGAAUUUAGCUGAAAACCGCUUACAUACCAUAGACGAGUUCCUAUUUAAUGGAUUGUUUGUACUUAGCAAAUUAAAUUUAAACAAUAACUUACUUAUUAAUAUAGAUAAGAAAGCCUUUAAGAAUUGUUCGGACCUUAAAGAAUUAGAUUUGAGUUCAAACCAGUUAACGGAGGUCCCGUCAGCAAUUUGGGAGUUAUCUUUAUUAAAAACUUUGGACCUCGGUGAGAAUCAAAUAUUAGAUAUCAAGAACGGCUCCUUCAAAAACUUAGACCAAUUAACCGGUUUAAGACUAAUCGACAAUCAAAUCGGAAACCUUACAGUCGGCAUGUUUUUUGAUUUGCCAAGCCUCCAGGUACUCAAUUUGGCCAAAAAUAAAGUUCAAGCUGUAGAAAGAGGCACUUUUGUUAAUAACAAACAGUUAGAGGCGAUCAGAUUAGACGGCAAUUUCAUAUCAGAUAUCAACGGAGUUUUUUCAACCUUACUCAGUUUGCUUUGGCUCAAUCUAUCGGAGAAUCAUUUAGUUUGGUUUGACUACGCUUUUAUACCAAUUAAUCUGAAAUGGCUCGACGUGCACGGUAACUUUAUAGAACAUUUAGGAAAUUAUUACAAACUUCAAGACGAAAUUCACAUAAAAACAUUAGACGUGAGCCAUAACCGCAUCGCGGAAAUAUCGCCCAUGGCAAUUCCUAACAGCGUGGAGUUACUGUUCAUAAACAAUAACCACAUAAACAGUAUUCAAGUGAACACGUUUAUGGAGAAGCGUAAUCUCACCCGAGUUGAUAUUUACGCAAAUGAGAUAUCUCAUUUAGAUAUCAACAGCCUCCGGUUGUCCCCGGUCCCCUUGAACAAGUCGUUGCCUGAGUUCUACAUCGGAGGAAAUCCGUUUAACUGUGAUUGCUCCAUGGAAUGGCUGCCUUUGAUAAACAAUAUGACUGCGAUGAGACAACACCCAAGAAUAAUGGAUCUUGAGAACGUGUUGUGCAAAAUGACACACACUAGAGGCGUAACACACGUUCCAUUAAGCAACUUAAAGUCAACCGAUUUCUUGUGUACAUACGAAACUCAUUGUUUCACUCUAUGCCGCUGCUGUGAUUACGUAGCCUGCGAUUGCCAAAUGACGUGUCCCAAUAAUUGCUCCUGUUAUCACGAUCCAACUUGGAAUAAAAACGUGGUCGAUUGUUCUAGCCAACGUGCAAUCGAAAUACCAGAGAAAAUUCCAAUGGACGCAACAGAGGUGUAUUUAGACGGCAACGACUUUAAAGAACUACAAAAUUAUGCAUUCAUCGGUCGCAAAAAUAUGAGAUCUCUUUAUGUUAAUUCAAGCGAAGUUGAGAACAUACAGAAUAGGACGUUCGCUGGUUUAUCCUCCCUCAUUACGCUGCAUCUUGGUAACAAUAAACUAAAGCAUUUAAACGGCUACGAGUUCGAACAUCUGACGCAGCUUAACGAGCUUUACUUACAAGACAAUUUUAUCAGCCAUAUAGCGAACUCAACGUUCCUAACUUUGAAUUCAUUGAAAAUAUUAAGAAUAGACGGCAACAGAUUAGUUGACUUUAACGUGUGGAGUUUGAAUAUGAACAGAAAUUUAAACGCGCUCACAUUAGGCAACAACAUGUGGUCAUGCAAAUGUAGAUAUUUACAAAAGUUCACAUCAUACAUAUCUGAUAAUGUUCCUAAAAUUGUUGACAUUACAGACGUAUGGUGCUGGAACACUGACCCGAAAUCCACACAAAAGAAAGAGCUGAAUUUGAAUGGCACAAUAUGUAGUGAUUAUUACGCCGGAGAUUCUGUUAUAGAUAACAUGUUGGUCUCAAAUUACAUGCCUAUGAUGGUGACUACGCUCUCCGGAUUCAUGUUGAUUAUGCUUGUCAUCCUUGUGAUUUUCUUAUUCAGAGACACGAUUCGCAUAUGGCUUUAUACAAGCUGCGGCAUAAGAUUGUUCCCAUUCACCGGAGUGUACGACGACACUGAUAAAUUAUACGAUGCUUAUGUUUGCUACAGCCCUAAAGACGAUGAUUUUGUUAUUCAAACGUUGGCCGCUGAAUUGGAAAACGGAAACCCUUCGUAUCAUCUUUGUUUACACUAUAGGGAUAUACCACAACAUAAUGUUGCCUACAUGCAAUGCACGUUACCCCUUCCCGAAGCUGCAGAAGCAUCAAAGCGCAUUAUAAUCGUCCUCACGAGGAAUUUCAUAGAAACUGAAUGGUCGCGUUUCGAAUUUCGCCAAGGUUUGUACGAAAUCUUAAAACCUCGAAUUUAUACCUUAGUAAUAAUAGAAGAAAGCUCCAUAUUGCCCGAAGCCGAAUGCGAUCCCGAUUUGCGGCCAUAUUUGAAAACGAGUUCAAGGAUACGAUGGGGCCAAAACAAAUUCUGGGAAAAGUUGCGUUAUGCGAUGCCGGAUCAGAAAUAUAAAUCUAAAUCGUCUACUUACAGAAACAAUAUCAAUUCUUAUACGAUGAGAAGUGGUAUGCAGAACGGUACGAUGAGGUCGUUUUCCUUUACGGAGAAAAUGAGAGGGUCCGCGGACGGCGUGAGUACAACUCCCGAGUUUGUGGAAACUCGCCCGCAGCAAGUACAGACCGGGUCCUAUGGGCCCGACGGUAGACCGCCUUCAGAUCAUAUUUAUUCUUCAAUAGAUUCUGAUUAUUCCUCGUUAGAGCUAGGUGCAAACAAUCCAAAUAGAAGGCGAGAGUUCAGGCACUGGCCGCCGCCCCCGCCUCUUAUUGACACUCAGUCUUCAGGUCAGGCCUACCUUGUCUAGUCUACGCUUCUCAUAAAACUCGUGUAAAAUCAUUUAGUCAAAGCUUCAUUGUGAAUAUUUGUAUUAAUCGCAACGCGCGCUUUACCAAAUAAUUAAGAUUUUAAUCUAUUUUUGUAAUUUCUCGCCGUUACAAAGGGCGUUUCAUAAUGUUGGUGUAAAUACAUUCUAUAAGACUGCUGUAGAAAUUAUUAUGUGAAUUUGUAUAUAGAUUGUAAAUAAAUGUCCAUAUAAGUCACGAGUAUACUAUUUAUGUAUUUUAAUAAAGCCAUUGUGAUAAUUUUGCUA